AAACAAUGCGCAAGAAUUUGUAAAUAAAUCAAUCAAUACACACAUUUAAAUUCCCAUUUCUUUAAAAGAAAUUAGUGAGAUUAGUCUAUAUCUUUGGAUUAAAACAUAGAAAAAUGUCUUUCAGAAGAUCAAGCAUCCAAGAUUUAUUUCCUAGAGAAAUAGACAUAGAGGUGUGCCUUAAAACUUUGAAGAUAUAUCAAAAACUGGAAGGGGAUGUUAACUGUGUAGUGUGGGAUGCAUCGCUAGUUCUAGCUAAAUAUCUUGAAACUAUGUGUGUUGAUAACUCAGGGUUUUUAAGUGGAUUAAAAGUUCUCGAACUGGGAUCCGGCCUUGGGUUGGUGGGCCUAACAGCAGCCACUUUGGGGGCGCAAGUCACACUAACCGACUUGCCAGAGUCACUAUCACUUCUUCGAUUAAAUAUUACUGAAAAUAAAUCAAAAAUAUCCAGUAUGGGGGGUUAUGCCAUAGCUGAAUCUUUGAUUUGGGGGGACAGUAGUUCAGAUAUACAUAAAGAAGAAUUUGAUUUAAUUCUUAUGGCUGAUUGUAUAUAUUAUGAAGAGGCUAUAGAACCGCUACUGGAAACUCUCCUUCAGUUGAACAAGCACCUGGGUAAGACACCAAUCAUGUACUUAACACAGGAAAUGCGUGAUUCUGAAAUUCAAAAAAGGCUAUGGGACACCUUCUAUGAGAGAUUGAGUGAAAAUUUUAACAUUGAAAAAAUACCAGAAGAACAGCAGCAUGUUAAUUACAGAAGUUCCGAUAUUGUUCUGUUAAAAAUAACUAGGAAAUGAUAGGCAUAAGAGUUACUAAUUUUGAAUGUUAGCUAUUAAGUGGUCCUUAUGUAAACUGAAUUUGUAUGUAGGCAUUAUCAUUUAUAAUAUAAAUAAAAUAUUAAAGUAAAAAUUGGUUUCAUAGUUAAAGCAAGAAAUUAAUUAUGAAAUAAUGCAUUUGCAUACAUACUGUAGUGAGUACUUAUUAAAAAUUGUUUUAAGGAAACUAUAAGUAUACCUUCUUUGUAUAUUUUGUUAUUAAGCUUAUUCAAAUAUUUAAAGGCACUAUAAGUGCCUUAUUAAAAUACAUAUGUAUAUUUUACUCAACUUAUGUACUUACUUUUAUGGACAAGUUUCUGAAACAUUGUGCUUGUUAUUAACUAAAUACAUAGAUUUAUUUAUUUAGUUAGUCUUUAUAUUUACAUUAAACACAUCAAAAUAUCAGAACAUCCCGGUUAUAUCCCAGCCAGGCUUCAGCUGGGUAUGUUAUCUUGGGUCUCACGGGUUUAUCCUUCCUUUUGAAAUCAUUGACUGGUACACCACUUGGCUAUUCAUAUUGGCCAUAACUUCCAUUGGCUAUAUUUAGCAAAUAGGUAUUUUAUAGGCAAACACAGCAAUAAGUUUGGCGAAUAUACUGACCACACACGGAAGUUUUGGAAAAUACGAAUGG